AUUGGAGAAAAAGAGAAAAGGCGAUUCAAAUAUAAAUAAAUUUGUAGAUGGCAGAGUGAGGGUCAAGAGGUUAAGGGAAUGAAAAAUGGAUGUUUUUAUUGUUUUUUCUCCUUAGGGCAGGAAUCAGGAAAUCACAAUUAUCUGAUGAAGGGGACCAGCAUAGAAUAACGCAUGUAUGAAGUGAUUCAGAGGAUGGUGUAUGUAGGCAAAUUCUAGCUCCACCAUUUACUAGCCAGGUGACCUUGGGUAGGGCACUACUUAAAUCCUCCAAGCUCUGUUUGCUCCCUUAUCAGUAAAAUGAGGGAAAUGACUACAAUUAUCUCACACUGUGGUGAUUAAAACAGUGCACAUGCAGUCCUUAGUACAGAGCCUCUCCUAACUGAUCUGUCUCCAUUUUCCAACCUGCCUCCUCCAUUCCCCAUCCAUCUUACACAAUAUUGCAAGAGUGAGAGAGCUACCUAAAAUGCCAACUUCAUCAUGCCAUUCUCUUACUACAAAUCCUUCAGUGGCUCUUACUGCUUCAACAUAAAUUCUAAACUUCUUACACUUAUACUCAAAAUCCUCAGUGAUUUGGCCCCUACCUCACUGCCUGACAUUAUUUUCUACCAUUUUGUGUGAAGCCCUCUUUGCUACAGUAACCUUGAAUCAUUAUAAUUUUCCUCCAUAAUCUAUAUCCUUUCAGAUUUCUGUGACUUUGUUCAUGUUAUUCUCUCCUCACGUGACUUGACUUGGCAAAACCUUACUUCUUCUUCAAGGUUCAACUUAGGGUGGCACUUUUAGAAAAUCUUUUCUGAACUUCCAGGAAGCUCUCCAUGUUUCCACAGCUCAUUGUGUUUAACUUUUCCUUUACAUUGUCCUUAUCAUUUAGAUAUUUUGCUUAAUUUUAUCCUCCAGGUAGGUCCUCUAGGAGCCAUGGUAGGUGCUCAGUAAGGCUUAUUAAAUUAUAGUCAACUCAGUGACUGGUUUUGAGAUACAUAUCACAUUCAGAUGGUCAAAGUAGAAAUGGCAGUGUUUGUUUUUCACAGCUCUUAACUAUUUAUAACAACCUCAGACUAAGAUCUAUGGUGUUCUAGAGCUGGAACAACUCUCUUACAGAUGAUCUAAUCCAGCUUCUCCCCAACAUUAGAUUUAAGGUGAUAAGAGAGAGAUCCAGAGCAGGGAAGUAUUUUACUGAGAUCAAAUAGUAAAUAGAAUGUCAAAGAGUUUUAACCCAUGUUUCCUGACUUUCUGACCAGGAUCCUUUCCACUGCUCAUCCAGUGACAAAUGAUCUAUUCCUACCUCCCUUACUUCAACCCUUUUCACCUUUUUUGGCAAGAUAGAAGUGACUGCAAAUCUUAUACACCAACAUCUAGGUGACUUGUCCUGGGAAUGGCAACCCAUAACCACACUGGUGCCAGCCACUCACUUUUCAUUCUGCGGGGCAUCCCUGGCCUGGAAGACCAGCACAUAUGGAUUUCUCUUCCCUUCUUUAUUUCCUACCUGGUUGCUGUCCUUGGGAAUAGCCUCCUUGUCUUCAUCAUCAUUACUGAACGCAGCCUCCAUGAACCCAUGUACCUCUUUCUCUGCAUGCUAGCUGUGGCUGACCUCAUCCUGUCCACUACCACUGUGCCCAAAGCCCUGGCCAUAUUCUGGUUUCAUGCUGGGGAGAUCUCCCUUGAUGGCUGCGUCACUCAAAUCUUCUUCAUCCAUGCCACCUUCAUUGCUGAAUCAGGGAUUCUGUUGGCCAUGGCAUUUGACCGCUAUGUGGCCAUCUGUGACCCACUGCGAUAUACUACACUGCUCAGUCAUGCAGUAAUCAUAAAGGUUGGUCUGGCUGUGGUCCUGAGAAGCUUCUCUGUGAUACUCCCAGAUGUGUUCCUGGUGAAGAGACUGCCUUUCUGCCAUAGCAAUGUGUUACCACAUACCUACUGUGAGCACAUGGCUGUUGCCAAAUUUGCUUGUGCUGAUAUUCGUGUCAAUGUCUGGUAUGGCUUGUCUGUUCUUCUCUCUACUGUAAUGCCAGAUGCCUUGCUCAUCUUGGUUUCGUAUACCCUCAUCCUCAAUGCAGUCUUCCACCUCCCUUCCCGAGGAGCUCGGCAAAAGGCUCUAGGCACAUGUGGCUCCCACCUUGGGGUCAUUUCCAUGUUCUAUUUGUCUGGCAUUUUUACUGUAAUUACCCAGCGGUUUGGGCAUCAUGUUCCCCUCCAUACUCACAUUCUGCUGGCCAAUAUCUGCACAUUAGCCCCUCCCAUGCUGAACCCUAUCAUUUAUGGGGUCAAGACCAGGCAGAUUCGAGUGUGUGUGGUCAGUACUCUGUCUUCACAGUAG